AUGUUGAAAACAGACCAGCUUCCGUACCUCAACCCCGUCACCGACAGGAGGGUUGCCCUUAUCACUGGUGGGAACAGCGGCAUCGGCUUCUACACGGUGCUAGAGCUUUAUCUACAUGGGUACGUGGUAUAUAUUGCGAGCCGAAGCAAGUCAAGAGUGUUGAAGUCCAUUAAAGAGUUGAAACGAGAAGCCAGAGCCAUCAGGCUGCAGUACACCGCACAACAGUUGACCUCGGAACGGUAUCUAGGGGAGUUGUAUUUCUUGGAAAUCGAUAUGGUCAGCCUACAGUCGGUGCUACAGGCUGUCGAGACGUUCAACACCCUCGAAAACCACCUCAAUCUCCUUAUCAACAAUGCCGGGGUGAUGUCGUUGCCGUACUCGCUCACGGUGGACAAACUCGAAAUCCAAUUGCAAAUAAACUACGUUUCCCCCUUCUUGUUGACUACGAAGUUGUUGCCGUUGUUGGAAAAAACAGCCGACGCCUAUCCGAACAUCGAGCCUCCCCGAAUCGUGCAUUUGAGUUCCAUAGGGCACCAGUUUGCUAUAAAGUACUUUGAUAUGAACUCGACGUUUCAUUACCAGCCCAACGUCUUGUUCACCUGGUUCAGGUACGGCUUGGCCAAAACCGCAGGCAUCCACUUCAUGAAGUUAUUAGCAUUAAGAAACCCCAAAAUAUUGUGCUUGUCGGUUCAUCCGGGAUUUGUGAUGAACACAAAUCAUUUCACCUAUUGGACCAGAUUACCCAUAAUUGGAAUGGUCUUUUGGUGUCUCUUCCAAAUAUUUGGUUUCUUCUUCGGCGUGUCGAACGAAGAAGGUGCCUACGCAACUAUCAAGUGUUGUCUUGACCCACGCCUAACCUUGGAGAACGAUAACGGAAAAUACUUCGCUACUGGAGGAGUGGAGCUGGAACCUUCGAGGGUAGCUCGUAAUAUGGAUUAUGCUGCUAGGACUUGGAUUUGGACCGUCCAUCAACUAAGUGAAAGGGGUAUUACUAUUCCAAAUUAA